CAAGUAUAUACUAUGAAUAUUCUUAAUUUUAACACCUUAACAUCUUACCAUGUGAAAUAUUUGCAAAAAGCAAAUCGACGAAUCCAUUGACUAGAUAUUAAUAUUAAAACUGCCGUUAAUUGGAUACAUUACCACUGACUCGAGACUGUUAAACUCUAUUUGAAAGAAUGAUUAAUAGAGUUUAUUAAACACAAGAAAAAUUAAGUGACAAAAUCAUAAAGAUUUGACACAUCUAAGGACUUGAACGAUGAGUGUCAAUUUUACUGGCUGGAAAAAAUCAAGUUUGAAUGAAAAGAGUUUAGUUGUUUCAAUGAACAAAUAUAGCAACGUGGUUGUAGUACUUCGCGAUAUAUGUGCAGACUUGAUUGUGGGUGUGCUGUUGUUCUGUCAAUACCAUAAAGAUGUAUUUCAAUUGUAGCAAUUGUAGCUGAAGAUCAUCUAAAUGAGGGAUACAAUCAAAAUAUCGGAUAUAUUUUAUUAAGAUCUGCAAAGAACAGAAUGACACGUGCAUAUAACGUGUUUUGUUGGAAUGAACGCUCACUGGAUUUUAAUACAAAUUAUUUGGAUGAUACAACUUAGUUCACAAAUUAUGUGUAAAUCAACCAAGAAUUUUAAUAUACCAGUGUUAAAACAGGCAGCUAUGACCAAAGACGCUUUAGCGAGUAGUACGGGAACGUUUACGUUACGGCUACGUAGAAAUAAUGUUUACGGCCCAAAAUGGGGCCCCGGUACACCAAAGAGACGCUUAAAACGAAAUCUUCCUCGUCUUAGUGACACUAAAUAUUUUAUGUCUUCGACAGGAUACAAUUUGGUUAUCUUACCGAAUGGACGAAUAACAGGCCAUUCGAGGCCGAGCAGAUAUGCCCUACUUGAAAGAAUACACGUGUCGUCAGGAAUUAUUCGAUUAAGGGGCGUCACUACUGGGAGAUACAUCUCUAUAAACCACAGAGGGCGUUUACGAUCAACGACUGAAGCAACGGAAGAGACAUUAUUCUUGGAAAGAAUUGAGAGUAACUUUUACUCCACAUACAAAUCCUAUAAGUAUUCGGCCAUGGACUGGUGUUUGGGCAUUAGACACAGUGACGUCACACUAGGUCAAGGACGCGCUGAAAAGGUCGGGUGUAGAACAGGUAUGGGAGGAAGGAAGGCAGCCUUCUUUCUGCCCAUAUCUCCAUGACGCUGACCAAUCAGAAUUUUGGAGGUCGUGUCAUCUUACCAUGUCGUCCUAUUGUGGUCGUUGGAUUUUCUCACUGUGUAUAGGUUCCAGCACAUAGAAUUACAAAGGGACACAAUAUAUUUGGAGUUCUGUCUCAGAGUGUCAACAGAAACAUGCGCAAAUAACGUCAUCCAUGUGCAAAUGACGUCUUCUUGCGCAAACGACGUCCUUCCGUCUAAUUUUCCAUUAGUCUACGUUUGAGCAUAAUCAAAAGUAUUUUUAUUCUAAGUAUGUAAAGUAUAUUUAAAGCCAAAAUAAUUUUGUGUUUUCGUAUAUAUUGAACAAUCAUUUAUUUUUCCAAAUUGGGAGCCACAUGCAAACAUGCACCAACUUGCAUUUAUUCAUAUCUCAUAUACGUCUGUUUUCUUUGAUAUUCCACUAAAUAGUAAGACAUGGCUGAGAAAUAAUUUGGGAUAGAUUUACAGUACAAUUUCGAACUUUGUUAGUGUUACAAUAUUGCAUUUGUUUGGUACAAAUGAUGUUCAAUAAAUAUAAAACCUCGAACUUGUAAUGAUAAGUGAAAAUGAUACCGAUUAAGAAACAAUAAAGCGUGUUGUUACUGUUUUAUCAAUCGAGCUAUCACUGAUUUAAGUCAGUAUACUUUGUUUGAAUGAAGUCACUAGUCUGCCGGUCUGAACGGGUACUGUUAUUGAUGUACAUGGUGA